UUUUGGUCGUUAUUUUGGCGAUCAAUGAAUCGACGAAAUUGACGUUUGUUAGGUAUUCGAUGAAAGGGGUCCUGACAAUCGAUGAACUGGUUGUGCUGUUUUCAUUCGCGAGCGUUUGGGGAAUUUUUUUGGAAAAAGCAGCCGAAAAGAAUUGGAAUUAAAGUUUUCACAAUUUUCUUUGCUAAAGUUGGUGAUGAGGUAUGUUUCUGGUAGUGGAAAUAGUAAACGAUAAUGGCGAGAAGGAAUGGAAGGUAGCACCCAAACGAUGGGUUUGCACUACGAAGAACACCCGGCGAACAGUUCUGUUAUGGCCACAUGAAAUCAGUUCUGAGCGGCAAAAGCAGCUGGCUAAAGAUGGUUUUUCCAAACCAACGAAAAGUUGGAGCAGGAAGGAGUGUAUCGUACAACAGGAGUGUUCUACUUACGAUGAGGCUGAUACUGUACUGAUAGAAGUAUUGGCACAACGUUCAAUGUCGAGUCCUUCAACGUCGUUGCUCAGCGAGUCAUCGGUACUGCAAAGAGACCGGAUACAAGAGCAUUCUGAAGAUCAUCUUUUUACGUACGAUCCUGAAAGUAACGAACAAGUUUCAACCAAUAAAGUUGAGAUAUCGUCGUGUCAAUCAUGGACUGCUCUGCAGCAUUCGGAUGCUGAAAUAUCGAUACUUGCAGCUAUUAAAUCAAUGGUGAACACAUUGAUGAUGAAGAACGAUUGCAUCGAGACACAAAAUGCUAGAAUAGAGAAGCAAAAUGCUGAAAUUGAACUGCAGAAUAUCCGUAUCGAAACGGAUAACUCUAAUAUGAUGAAAAAACUAAAUCUAUUAGAGAAAAGACUCAACAAACUUGAUGCUAAACAAUUUAAAGAUGCCAAAAAUGUUGGUGAACGAUCAACGUUUACAUUUAAUCCCAUAGAAACCCUGAGCCAGCUGAAGGAACUGGAAAAGAAGUUAAGCGAUAGGUCUUUCCGUUCGAAAAUGGUUGCAUGGUUGAUGUUAAAUGUCGUUGGAAACCGUUCACAAAAAAGAAUGUCGCACUGUCUAAAAUUGCUAUUUUCUCAUGAGUUGCUAGUUGAUUGUACUUGGGGUCGUAUACAUCUGAAUGGAAUACAAACAGCAGCUAUGCGAGAACAACGAAACAUAGUGAAUCUGUUCAAGGUAAUAGGAACAACACGAAAGGAAAGAAUCGACGACAAGAAAAUUGGUUUGUUCUUCAGUCGAAAAUUGAAAAAUGUUAGACAACGAUUGCAUUCUGAUGAUAAAAAUGAACUAAACAAUCACGAAAUCCCGAUCGAAAAUGAUGUCUCUUACGAUGACGAUUCAUCAAAUGCUGAAGAUGAAAUCGAUACGGAUGUAAUUUAAGGCGGCAUUAUAAAAAUGAUGUCUGGCUUUUUGUAAGGAUGUACAAACUCUUUAAAUAAUUUGAUGAAAUUGAUAAAAUUUGCCUUCAUAUUAUUG